AUGGCCUCUGGAGAUGCUGAGUUAGCUUGUUUUGGGGAGGCAGCUCCUUACCUCCGAAAAUCGGAAAAGGAGAGAAUUGAGGCCCAGAACAAACCUUUUGAUGCCAAGACCUCUGUCUUCGUGGUUCAUCCUAAGGAAUCGUUUGUGAAAGGCAAAAUUGAAAGCAGGGAAUCAGGCAAAGUCACUGUCAAGACUGAAGGGGGAGAGUCACAGACCUACUCGGGUCUCUUCUGCGUCACUGUCAACCCCUACAAGUGGCUGCCGGUGUACAACCCCGAGGUGGUGUUGGCCUACCGAGGCAAGAAGCGCCAGGAGGCCCCUCCACACAUCUUCUCCAUCUCUGACAACGCCUAUCAGUUCAUGCUGACUGAUCGGGAGAACCAGUCCAUCCUGAUCACGUACGUACACCCCCUGCGCGGGUCCCUGCGGGGCUGCCCGGUGCCAGGGGACCUCCUGCCUGACCACGCACCCUCUGAGGAGCUGUCCAAUGUGAACCUCUCCAAGUUCCGCAAGAUCCAGCACGAGCUGGAGGAAGCCGAGGAGCGGGCUGACAUUGCAGAGUCACAGGUCAACAAGCUCCGAGCCAAGAGCCGGGACAUUCAUGGCAAGAAGAUAGAAGAGGAAGAGUGA